AUGCUUUCCAAUCUUGUCGCGCUAUCCUUACUUGUCAGUAGCAGUCUGGCUAUUCCACUUGACGUCGACCUUGAGAAGCGUCAAAGCUGCCCUGGCGUCCAUGUCUUCGGUGCUCGCGGGACCACUGUGCCUCCGGGUUACGGUUUAACCAUCACAAUUGUCAAUGAGGUUCUGAGUGCUUAUCCAGGCUCCACGUCCGAGGCCAUCAGCUACCCUGCAUGCGGUGGACAAUCCUCCUGCGGAGGCGCCAGCUAUUCUAGCUCAGUUUCUCAAGGCAUCCAAGCUGUCGCGUCAGCUGUCAACUCCUUCAACUCGAAAUGCCCCCAGACAAAGCUUAUUUUAGUUGGAUACUCCCAGGGUGGUGAAAUCAUAGACGCAGCUUUGUGUGGCGGUGGUGUGCCCAACCAGGGAUACACUGACACGGCGAUCCCGUUGUCUUCUUCGGCCGUAAAUAUGGUAAAGGCAGCCAUCUUCAUGGGUGACCCACUGUUCAAGGCUGGCUUGCCGUACGAUGUUGGAACUUGCGCUGCAGGAGGUUUUGACGCACGCCCCGCCGGCUUUUCAUGCCCGUCAGCUAGUAAGAUCCAGUCGUACUGUGACGCUGGCGAUCCGUACUGCUGCAACGGCAAUAACGCCGCAACUCACGCGGGCUAUAUAAACGAGUACGGAUCACGGGCAUUAACCUUUGUUACAGCCCAGUUAUCCUAG